AGUUUCGUAUUACCGCCCACGAGUCUCGAUCCCAGCAUCUCAUGACUUCAGGAUUGAUGAAGAAUUUCGCAGUGACAGCUUUAGACAUUGUUAGCAGAAAGAUUCCAAAGCUUUUUGUUGGUUUAAAAAUGAAAAAACCUACAGUUAUCAAGACGAUUUUAAAUCAAAUCCUUGCAACUGCUGAGGAGAUGAAAAUAGAGACCGAAUUAACACGAAAAAGAUACUACGAUCUACAUGGUCAAGUCCGAAAUAAUAUUAUAACUGUGAAUACAAAAACUAAUGGCAAUAAAAAAAAUCUGAUGAAUUGAAGGUAAAAAUGGAGAAAGAAAAACAACAAGCCAAGCUUGCUUAAGAACAGGAACAUAAGUUGGGGAUGACAAAGGCUGAUUUAGACAAGGACAUUCGGAACCUCAAACAAGAGCGGGAUAAUCUAUAUGGUUCUGCGAAAAGAGAACAGGAAAAUAGAAAGGAUCACACGUUUAAGUUUGGACAUAGUAUGGGUGGUAUUGGAUUCAUUUUGGACCUGUUUGGGAACAUUUUUACCCACAUUUUUGGGGGAAAUGAUAAUUACUAUCAAGAGAUAAUGAAACAAUACAGUGAAGCAGACGAGUCCCUGCGCAGAACAAUGGAAGGACAGGAAGAUAUUAUUGAUCAAAUACUCGAUAUGAGGGCAAAAGCAUUAAGUAGUUUGGAGAACCUUAAAAAAAUGGCUCGUCAACAAGAUGGCCUUGGUGAUAUAACUCACCUUCGAGAGGUCGACCGUUACUUAGGAAACGUUGAUAAAGAGUUCACUAAAAUCCUCACUUACUGGGAGAAUAUGGCUGCUACAAUUAAAUACCUAAGGGACGAUAUCGUCGAUAGUAGCACAUUCGUGGAUGUGAUUUCAGAACCUGAUGGGGAAACGCAGUUCCGCGAAGAUCUAAUUAGAACUGAAAAGAAUUGGAAGUUUUUUGGAAAAAUAUGCAGUGCUUACAUCGAAGAAAGCGACAAAGAAGUGUUCACACUGUACAGGUUUUUGUCGAAACCAAUUGACAACAAGAGCGCCGAGGCGAUACGAAAACGGCAAGACGACAUUAUAGCUCAGAUCGAAAACGACAUUAAUUCUGCACUGCCUUCAAUGGACGAUUAAACUAUUUUUAAUAAUAUGCUAUCGUUCUUAACUUAACAAUUAAUGUGGAACAGAGUCAGGUAAUAUUAUUUAAUCAGAGAUCAUCACAUAAUAUAUCGAAAUUAGUCUACCUUUUUUUAAAUGCAGUUCUGUGUGUUCGUUCUGUCAUUUAUGCAAAUGAUUCUUACAUGAUAUUUUAAUAUCGUAAGUUUUUUUGCGCAAAUAUUUAUUUAAUGCUUGAUCGCUCUAGAAAAAAGUUUACACAAAUUAAAAAUGUUAUGGUUAUAUGUAUCAUGUAAAAAGUUAAUGCACCUGCUUACUAAUGUUUGUCAUAACAACUGAGGAUUGCUUUGUGUAUUAUUAUUUUUUAUUCAUUGCCUUUAUAAUUUGUAUUAUUAUUACUAUUAUCUAGCUAUUUGUGUUGACGAAAUAAUAAAAAGUUAAUAAAUACCGAUAAUAUAUGUCGGCGUAAAGCAAAACGUUCAAGUGCUUGCAGCCUAUGUAUACUUAUUAAAAGUUAAAAGCAGCCUAUGACAAAAAAAAUAAAAUGUUGUUUAAAAAUAUCCCAUGUCUGCAUAAAAGGUAAAUUGUUAUUAUUGAUAUUAUUGCCUUAAAGUGAUAUUAUGGGCAUUUUUCACUGUUGAAUCGAGCUGAAAACAAUUAAAGUGAUAUUAUGGGCAUUUUUCACUGUUGAAUUGAGCUGAAAAGAAUUAACAGGUCAAAAGAGUAAGUUAAAAUGUGGUUACAGCGCAAUUAUCUGCAACUCAUCUUGCUACCAGUUGUUUAUAAAAAUAUAUUUUAUAUUAUAUAUUUUACGUGACCCACCCAGUCCUGUAAGCCGAAAUUAUCCGUAAAACAAAAUGGUGUCUUUUUGUCGUAUAAACGAAUCUGUACUAAAACUAAAUUUAGGUUCACAUUGUACAUGCAUGAUCAGUUGUCAAACGAAAGUACGGUUGAUAUUCAAAUGCAUUAUUUUUCUCUUUCCGGGAUAUUGUUUUAGAAUGUUGAUGCUGCAUUAACAAAUUUAAGUGUAUAUGAAGUGAAAACGACAAAAAUAAACAACGGUUGCGAUAGACACCUAUAAACUGUUAGAUGCCCAUAAUAUCACUUUAACAGGUCAAAAGAGUUAGUUAAAAUGUGGUUACUGACCAAUUAUCUGCAACUCAUCUUGCUACCAGUUGUUUAUAAAAAUAUAUUUUAUAUUCGAUAUUCUUACGUGACUCACUCACCCAGUCCUCUAAGCCGAAAUGAUCCGCAAAACAAAAUUGUGUCUGUGUGUCGUAUGAACGGAUCUGCACUAAAACUAAAUUUAGGCUCACAUCGUACAUGCAUGAUCAGUUGUCAAACAAAAGUACGGUUGAUAUUCAAAUGCAUUAUUUUUCUCUUUCCGUGAUAUUGCUUUAGUAUGUUGAUGGUGCAUUAACAAAUAUAUCGUGUAUAUGAAGUGAAAACACCAAAAAUAAAAAGGUUCGAGCCCCAGUAGAAUCAAAUUAUUUUAUUUGUGUUCUAUGUUAACUUUUUGUUUUGAUGUAGACAUUUUAGUUUAAAUAAAUAUGCUGUUUUAUUGUAA